AUGGGUAAUAAGCAAUCCACGAUACAAAACGUUUAUGAAGCUGCUCGUGAUGGUUCUUCUGAUCUAACUAAUCUUUUAAAGCGGCUCAACACUGAAGAAAGGAAAACUGCGCUCGAUUCCAAGACCAAAGAUGGCGACGAGAAUGCAACUCCUCUCAUAAUUGCUUCUCGCAAUGGAAACCUAGACUCUGUAAAGAUUCUUUUGAGUUUCAAAGCAGAUAUCGAAGCACGAGGAACUGUGAAAGCCAACACUGACGAAGUUUUCGAAGGUUGCUCUCCUUUGUGGGCCGCUGCUGCUACUGGUCAUCUAGAUGUUGUGAAACUGUUAAUCGAUCACAAUGCAGACGUUAAUGGCAGAAAUGCAACGAAUUCGACUCCUUUGCGGGCUGCUGCGUACGAUGGACGUCUUGAUAUUGUGAGUUGUUUAGCCAAGAACGGAGCUGAUGUAAAUGCAAGAGAUGAAUUUGAGAGUACUCCUUUGAUGAUAACAUGUUACAAUGGUCACAUGGAUGUUGCUUCCUAUCUAAUCGAACAUGGCGCAAAUCACCAUUUGCAAGACAAGGAUGGAGACACGUGUCUUCACUAUGCUGCAGAGAAAGGUCGCACCGAAGUUGUCGGUAGGCUUCUUUCUCUUGGAGUAGAAGAGAGGCAAAAUAAGAAACGUUUGACCCCACUACUAGCAGCCAGUAAUGAAAGCAAAUAUGAAAUGGUCGAGUAUUAUAUCAACCGACCCGAAUGUACUAAGGAACAAAAAAUUGACGCUCUCGAACUUCUUGGUUCCUCUAUUGCAAAUGAUCCUGAUUCUUAUGACAUCGAAGAAGCAUUCAGUUGUAUGAGGCGUGCAAUGGAAGAGAGGUAUCAGGACCCGUCAUGUCCAUUGCUUAAAAAGAACAUAAAACCUGUGGAAGAUUAUGAAAAUAGAACAGAGAGUCAAACUCUUGAGGAACUUUCCCUGUUAAAAGAUGAUAAUCAUGCUAUCCACAUGGAGGGUCUCAUGAUCAAGGAGAGAGUCCUUGGAAUUGAAUCUGCAGCACUUCUGGACGAUAUCAGAUCUUAUGGGAUUGUUCUGGCUGACUUUGAGCAUUACAAACCUUGUAUUGGUCUAUGUAAACGAGCGAUGGAAAUAGCCAUGAACUGUGGUGAACCUAUUACGCACGAUCUUCAAAUGUUAUCAUGGCUAUUUAUAGUAACGGAACUUCGGUGCUCAAAUGGAAAACACAUUGUGGCAGCAUUCGAAAAACUGACAGAAAAACUAGAGACUGGGAAAUUGCAAGAGGGGCAAGAAGAUGAGGAAAAAGAAAAAAUGCUUUACUGUUUUCUAAAUCUUCUGAUGAUUUGCGCCAAAUUUGAAGUUUUAGAGGAUAAUGAGGAUGAAAUAAAGGAAAUGAUCGACUAUGUUCAAAGAAUUCUGCGUUUAGACAUUCGUAACCGCGAUGGAAAUACAUUACUGCAUCUAGCCGCAGCAUUUGAUGCAAAAACUGUGGGAAUCGUGUACAAGUCUCCCUGCAUUAAAACCGCGAAGCUACUUUUACAUGCAGGGUGCAAUGUGAAUGCCGUAAACUUUGAAGGAGAAACUCCUCUUCAUUUGGCUGUGACUUUUAUGCCAGGGGGUGAACAGGUAGAGACUAUGAAAGAAAUUAUGGAGAUAUUGCUCGAUAUCGGUGCAGAUACAAAGCUCGUAAACAGCAAGGGUCAAACACCACUGGAAUGCUGCGAGAGUGACGUGGCUCGAAGGAUCCUGUCAGAGAGAAGAGCAGUGGGUGCUAUGAACGUCGUUACCAGAGAUGAUGUAAAAACUGGUAGCGAAACUGUUGUGAGGAGUGCAGUUGUUGUUCCUAUAGCAACCGAAAUAGAAGAAUUUAAUUUUGAGGAGAAGUCUCAGAAAGAGAAAUCAGGUUUUUUACAAGAUGAACAAAAACUCUCUCGUGACCAGAAAAAUGGCCCUGUUGACUCAGAAGAGAUAGAAAUGGAUGAACUGUACUUCGACAAGGACAAACAAUCACUAGCGAGAGGGAAAGAAAGAAACCGUAAAUUCGCAGAAACCGUUAACGAGGGAGGAGGAUCAAAUGCAAGAAAGACAUAAACAACUGACGGAAAUGAACCAGUGCGGGAUUCAUUCCCAAGCACAGCUGCAAAAGAAAGAAUUGGAAGAUGUUAAACUGCCGAGGGAAAAAGAAAAACAAGAGGAAAGCUCACGAAGAAAAUUGUGCGAGAUAGGAGAGCACGCGCAAUUACACGAGAGCGUAGGACAAGAAAUAAAGUCCAAAAGACAACUGCACGAGGUAGAGAGGCAUAUGAAAGACGCACCAGGAGAGUUACAAGAAAAAAAUAACAGUUAUAUAACCAGAAAAUUCAACUGCUUGAGAUAGAAAAGCAAUUAAAAGACACGCAAGCACAGUUACAAGAGAAGGAAGAACUAGAAGAAAACUCCAAAAGACAAUUGCACGAGAUAGAGAGGCAUUUGAGAGACGCACAAGGACAGUUACAAGAGAAAGAAGUAGAAUUACUUAAUUGCAAAAUAUUGAUGCGUGAUAUGGAGAAUGAUCUCAAGGACGCACAA